AUGACCAGCACUGGUUCCCGUCAAACCGCUCCGGUUCGCUCACAGGGCGCAUACAGCCAGGACGUCGGGAGUGGAAGUUCUAGCCAGCCCACUCUGAAACGGGAGCACCCCGAGGAUGCGCCGGGCGCAGCUGGGCACAGUAGCGGCUCCGUCUUGAAGUUAAUCAGGCGUGCGCUAGAGGCGGAUAGGGAGACCCAGAUCAAGCUUCUGUGCAUCCUGGAGAAGGAAGUCGCACCAGACACCGAGGACUCGCACCCACCCGCGAAACGCGCCCGCCUCCAAGAAAAACCGGACCUCUUCGGGCUGCACCCUCUCGAGGUCGACACGCGAAUCAUCCUCUCACUACAGCGCGGCUUCAACAUCCCGCUCACCCUCUUCACCGCUGACGCCCUCACCGCCGUGCGCGAGCACUGGACGGUCCUCACCCUGGAGGAGCGCGACGACGGCGUCAACGACGAGGACGUGAACUGCGUGGUCACGUCGACCUGGCCCCCCGAGGCCGCGAUGCGUCCCGACGAAUGGCGCGAGGCGUACGGGUACUUCCUCGAGACGCUGCCCGCCGUUCUGCCGGAGGGGGAGGUGGCGCGCUUCCGGAGGCACUACGAGUUCCUCGCGGGGCAGAACCACUUCGACUUGAAGUUCGCGGCGGUGUUGAGGUUCGAUAUGGGCGUGCGCGGCAGGUACUUCAAUAAGAACGGGCGGGAGACGUUCGAGCCCGGAUCUCACAAGUAUACUUGGGACUUCCAAGACCACUGCUUGAGCGACCGCGAGGAGAGAGCUUUCCGCCAAACCGGGCAAGAGCAGGAACAGUGGGGCUCGGCGCGUGGAGGAAGAGGUCACGUCAACGACCGGUACGACCGCACGAACGGGCAUUCGUCGAAGAGAUGGUGA